AUGAGCCGCGGCCGCAACUUCUUCCGCGCCAUGGUCCGCGCCCCGCCGACCGGAAGCCGCUCCACCGCCGCCGCCGGAAGCGGCCGGUGUCCCGCGCAAAGGCGUCCGGGCUCGGCCGGAAGCCAAUUGGAGGCCGGGCCGGCCAUGUCUCGGACGGAUGCGGGGAGGGCGGGGAGCUCGCGCCGGGGCGGGUGUCUGCGGCGUCCCCCGACAUGGGAGGUCUCGGACUCGGACGCCGAGGGCCCCGCGGGCGCGGAGGAGGGUGCGAGGGUGCCCGGCCCGGCGGAGGAGCGCAGGGCGGCGGCCAAGGCGCUGCGGCCCGAGCAGGCCCUGCGGCGCGUGGCGGUGCGCGUGGACCCAGCCGUUCUGGAAGAUGCUGGUGCUGGCAUCCUGCUGGAAGCCCUGAGCACUCUGGGCUGUGAGUACCAAGUGGAAACCCAGCGCCUGGCCCGGAGCCUCAGGUGGACCAGAGCAAAGCCGGAUUCUUGCCCCCGCACCGUGCCAUCUGAGGCGUGGGACGCAGGUGAACAGGAUUUCCUGCUGCUCCUGGAGCCGGAGGAGUUUCUGCAGGGCGUCAACCAGCUGACCCAGACCUGUGGCCCACCCUGCUCGGUACCGUGGAUCUCUCCUGAGGGCUCCGCCAGCCCCCACAUAGCCGUCAUUGGGCUGGAUGCCUACCUGAGGUCUCACCAGCCCGGCAACAUCCACGAGACGAGGCAGCCGGAGACUGCAGCAGUGGCCCGUACGGCAGUGGCACUCAGCUGGCCCAGGGUGGAGGAGGCCCUGGUGCUCCUGCAGCUCUGGGCACACCUGGAUGUGCUGCUGGUGGCCUCCUGGCAGGAGCUGAGUCAGCACGUGUGCGCGUUCACCAAGGCCUUUGCACAGCGCCCCCUCAAGUGCGUGACCACCACCCUGACUGGUGGCUGCAGCCGGGAGGGGGGACAAGAGUGCCUGGAGAGGCAGUACCGGGAGUCCCGUGCCUUUUCCUUCUGUGUGGCUGGACGCUGGGCAGGGGGUGAGCGAGUGGCAAGAGAUGGCACAGGGCUUCGGGGGGUCUGGUGGCGGCAGAUCAGGCAGUUCAACCGGGUCAGCCCAGCCGUGGCCGAUGCUGUUGUCACCGCCUUCCCCUCCCCCCGCCUUCUGCAGCAGGCCUACAGGACCUGCAACACAGAGCAGGAGCGCACGGCCCUCCUGGCUGACCUCCCCGUGAAGACGGGCGAUGGUGCGCGGCCCCGCAGGGUGGGCCCUGACCUUGCCCGCCGCAUCUGCCUCUUCUUGACCACGACCAGUCCUGAGCUCCUGCUGGACCUGGGCUCCUGACCACGUCCGCAGGACCAGAAGGGGGUACACCGCCUGCCCUGCCUAGCGGGUUAACUGGAAACUACCACAGGCCGAGGGAAGGGAACAGCGCUGCAUGUGGGGGAUGGGAGGGUGGAAUGCUCAGUCAGGUCUGGCCCCCUGGCCCCGAGGGGGUGGUGCCGGGAGGAGCAGGAGAUGACGCUCUUGCCAGGAGCUGCCACGCUGGCUGGAGAGGGUGGCGGUGAGGUUCCCCUGCCCUGGGUCCUGUCCACGGCGGCUACGGGCCUGGUGCCCCAGCGGAAUGGUCAGGAAGGGGAAGAAGCGGUAAGAGGGGGUCUUGCGGGAGGAAACACAGCCAGGCUGUCUCCUGGAAAGCACCGUAACGCAGCUGGACCUGAUAAGGAAAGAGCCCCAGGCCUCGUCCCACCACCACCGCGAGGCGUUGCCCAAACGCCGAGUUUAUUAGGGUCAUUUCAGCCUGGGACGGGAGAAACAGCAGCUGACGACAUGCAAAAGGCAAGUUAAGAAAGAGCCCCGGCUGGCGGCAGCCGCGGUGCCGCCUCUGACGUGUGUCCUCCGCAGCCCACAACAGCCGCCCGGGCCCGCAGUCAGUCCCAAAGAGCCAGGACGGCUGCCCCCACACCCAGCGCAGGAAGCAGGUGCCCUUGGACGGUUCUGCUUUCAGGAGCGCAGGGCCUGUCCCAGCCUCGGGUGGCAGAGGGACGGACCUCAGCUCCGUCCUGUCUGCUGCCCUGGAGCGUGGCCCAAAAGGGAGGGACGGAGAACGCGCCACCUCGGCCCGGAAAAGCAGUUUUCGUUGGAAGACAAGUUAGGUCCGUCGGCAGCGCUUCCUCUGGCAGCGCCGGGUCUCAGGGCCGCCGGGAUCGGCCAUGGCCUUGGGCGAGGGCGCGGGGGGCUUGUGGCGGCCACAGCUCAUGCUCAGGACCCAGCCCAGCUUGUGGCGCAGCACCUGCUUCAGGCCCGGCGGCAGGGGCAGACCCUCCAGCGUGUCCCCGGAGUCGGGCCGCAGCUGGCGCAGGCGGUAGCAGCACAGGAACUGCAGGGACGUGACGCUGGCGCACGAGCGGAUCACCUUCAUGCUGCUCUUGGCCGCGGUGGAGCACACCAUCGGGUAGAACUUCUUGUUCUGCAGCUUGGUGGCCGCCACGCCUGCGGGAGCAGGGAGCAUAGCCUGAGCUCUGGCCCCCUGUGGGGGCUGCGUGGCCCCCGACGGCAUCCGAGGACACGGACAUCCCUGACGACUCUCGCGCCGGGGAUCCCGGCGCCUCAGGCUUCUGUGAGGACAGCCCCUUGGGGAGCCUGGGGUGCUUGGUCUGGGGCUCCAGCUGCCGGCCCCGGGGGCCCGGGCCCAGCCACCCUCACCUAUGCACUUCCUGUUCUUGAAGAAGGUCAGCGUGCCGUGCCAGGUGUCCAGGUGCACACCAAUGAUGGAGCCCUGGCCGAAUCUCGACGAGAAGCUCAUCUUGUCGCCCUUGUGGUGGAGGAGCCCUGGGGGGCGGGGGGCGGUGCGGAGGGGUGAGCCAUGCCGCCCCGGCCUCCCGCCCGCCCCACCGGCCGCAGUGCCCCGCGCACCCGUAUAGGAGAGGCCCCAGCUGUCCUCGUCCCUGCCGAGCAGGCUGCAGAAUGUGUGAUGAUACUUGUCCAGAUCCACGUCUGAUGUCCCAAUGCCCACCAUCUGGGGAGAGCAGGGCGGGCACAGGGGGUCAAGGGCCUGCCAAGGCCCGCCAGCUGGGGAGGUGGGGGGCGGGCCUGGGCCGUGGAGGCACUCCUGCCCCCCGCCCCCCAGCUGCUUACCAUGUCGGUGCCAUAGACGGGAGAGGUCAUCUUGAUCUCCCAGAAAUGCUGGCCCUCCCCCAGCUCCUUGGUGCCCCGGAUGGCCGCCGUGCCGCAGCUGUACUCCGUGUGGAAGUUGACCUUGCGGUUGUCACAGCUCAGCAGAGUGGCUGAAGACUUAUUCAGGUCAUCCCACACCCAGUCAAAAUCUGCGAAGGGGGAGGCCAGAGGCCAGGGCUGGAGGGCAGGCUGGCCCCGGGCUCCUCCCCGCCCCCCCCCCCCAGGGGCCCCCAGGCACUCACGCUCAUCUUCCUCGCCGCAGCGACAGUCCUUGCCCCGGUGUGCUGUGUGCAGGCUGUUGCAGAAGGUGGCCUCACUCGGACUGUCACAGUCACAGAAGGACUCCCCGGUCACGGGCACGGCACUGGGGAUGGGUGGCGGCAGGGCUGAGGACUCGGGGUCCGAGUCAGAGUCACUGUGCUGGGAGGGAAAGACUGGUUGCUUGGGUGUGGGGCACCGCUGCCCACUGUCCCUAGGCCCGCGGGUCAGCCGCUCUAAUGGCCCAGGAAGGGACCCGGGGAUUUGGCCCCAGAGGGCUUCCCGGGUCUCCCACACACGCACUGCCCACCCUUGCCAGUGCCACCCACGGUGACCUUGGACAGCUCCGGCCUCCUGGCAGUGGCUUCAAGGGCUCCACCCUGUUUCCGCACAGCCAGGGGCACUGGACUUCCAGCUGAUGUUGAGCCACCGGGGGCCGCCUGCCCACUCCAUCGCUCCUCGUUCUCUAUGCAGCUUCCAGGCUGAGGAUACGCCGCAGCCCCACCCGAGGGCAGCCGGAAGCAAGAGAGCCCCAGGGCGAGGGCCAUGCCAACCCCACGAAGGCCAUGCCCUCGGGCAACAGCCGGACUCCAGCAGGUGCCCCUCGCCGCGGCAGUGCCCGUGCACCCUAUCCACGUGGUGGGGCACCCUGGAGCCCCGUGGCCCCAUGCCACUUCUACAGUAGGAAAACACUGAGUGGAGACUUGGUCUUCUGCCUGAGGGGCCCAGUCGUCAGGGCACGUGUUCCAAGUCUUGAAGGCCUAAUGGUGACCCAGACCCAGAUCCUUCUUGCAGGCCAGUUAGGGACGCUUUCUGUGCACAGGAGCUGUUCCUGUUCUAAAGACACAGGCCUUUCUGGACACCUGCCUUAGCUGUGGACUCCAGGCCAACCAGCAAGGGGCUGGAGUCCUGGUCCGGCCCCACCCUCCAACUCCCUUUCCUGGCCUCUGGGCCCUCCUCUCGCUCCCUGAAAUGCCCUCCGCGCAGCAGGCCGGCAGCCCCUGCUCAGACCCGGGCUGGGCCUGCCACACCUCAGCAAGCCACUGCUCUGAGCGAAGGCCCACAGCCUCCAUCGGAGCCCACCAGGCAGCCUCCCAACUCCCCACAGGCCUGUCCACUUUCUCCCACAGGGUGAGGGUGGUCCGCCUUUAGACCGCAGGUUCCGUGUGUCACUUCAGAGAGGCUCUUCCGGCCCCUCCAGCCCCUGCUGUGCUCCCCGUCCCGCAGAUCUCUCUCCUCCCUUCUCCCACCGGAGUGGAAGCCCCUCGAGAGAACCCGGUCCUUGUCUCUUUUCUGUUACAGUUGGGGCCACGGGGCUGUCACCCAGAAGCCGUGUGGCAGAGACCAAGCGAAGAGAAUGGGAAGUUUCAGUCACAGACCGAUGCCAAAGGGAUACAGGAAGGAGACCCCAAGCACCCCACUACCAUGGAAUGCUGAUCCCCAAAAGCCAAGGCAGACUGGCUCUACUGGCCAGGGGCGGACCCUAGCCCCCUUCCCACUCGGUCAGCAGCCAGGGUCACAGAACGAGGAAGGGAGAGGCAUGUUCGUCCUUCAGAGGUUCUCAGGGUGACCGGCCCACCCACACAAUCCAGUACUCCAGGUCCAGCAGGUGACAGAUGAGCAGCAAAUGCGUGUCAGAUGCUGUGACCCGGCUCCUGAACACCUCCCGCAUCUCCCAGUGAUGAGCUGGUAAAGGCAGGGACUGGCAGAACAGACUGCUCUGGGUCACGUGGUCCAGGGGAGCCAGAGGCAGGACAGGAAUGCAGGCCUCUGGCCUCUUGCUGGCUGGGGCAGGGAGGCCCUAGGAAGGGGCUGCCGCCCCAACUCAGAACUGCAGCCUCCAGGUCUGGAGGUUCCAUGGGGCUCGGCCACACUCACUCUAGAAGAGAUGCAACCCCUUCCUCCCAGAACACCUGGCUGCGCAGGGGCAAAAGGCUGGGUGGCUGUGACAUGGCAGACGUGAGUCACCCAAGGAUCAUCCCUGCAGGCAGCCAGAGGGGACUCGGGGCAGAACCAAACCCCUGCCUGGGUCGAGGAGACUCAGGAAGCCCUCCACGGUGCCCACCCAGCCAACAGGCACAAUGGCCAAGCAGCCCUGCCGCCCCAUCCUGGCCCGGCUGCGGCUGGCAUGGUGAGACUUGGGUGCGUCAGGCACUCUGCACCCCAGUCAAGCCACUCUGGACAGCUCCUGGCUCCUGGCCUUCCCGGAGCUCUGGAGUUGCCAACGGAGGAAAGGUGCUGCAACUUUGGCUUCCAAGAAUUGGAAGUCUUCCUACACACACGUGUGCAUACGCAUAAACGUCAAAUGCACAUCUGUCCAGGCAAGAGCACGCGCGUUCGGUUAACGAUAGCUACCUUUGGAAAACGGUCAGGUGAGUGGAACAGAGAAGCUUUUGUUGAAUAAACUGACAGAAAAUGGAAAGCACAGAGAAGGAUACAGCAUCUGCCCUGGGUCCUGUCACCCCGGGACCGGUGGGUCCUCAACCGAGAUAAACUGCCUGGGUGAGCAUAGAGCACCCCAGAGGCAGGAGGGCCCGUCCUCUGCCCUCGGGCGCAUCUUCAUCUUUCAGUCUGGGCUCAGGCAGUGCCCGUCCUGGGCGUCUAAACCCUUCGGUCCAGCCAUGUCCACCUCCCCCGCUAGGACCUACCUGCCCAUCUGAGUCGUAGCCCCAGUUAGCGCUCCCCGCCAGAGCCACGGCCCGGGCAUCCGCAUCUCGGCGGGCUGCACUCAGGACGAAAUGCCAAGCUGUGCUGCUGCGAGGACGCCUGGCCAUGGUGGACAGGAUCUGGAAGAAAACCCAGGUUCUGAGCCAAGAAGAUCUGUGGCACCAACUCCCACACUCCGUCCUCAGCCGGCGGUGCCAGGCCCAUCUCAAGGUGGCUGCUCUUAGGAGCCACGUGUGUGCCCAGCCAGGGCUCUGGAACUCUUCCUGACCUCACACCUCCCUCCAGCGUGCAAGCACCUUGAUAAAAGCCAGACAGAGAGCAUAGAACACCAUCCAGACACCCAUGACUCCCAUGUGUGGAUUUCAGCCCCUCUCUGAGCUCAGUCUACUGAGCCCAGCUGUCCUGCCUGCGUGUCCCUCAGGCAUCUCAAACCUUGUCUGGCUCCUCCUCUGUUGCCCAGUUUGACAAAUGGCAUCUCCAACCGCCCAGUUCCUCAUGCCAGACCCACCGCAGUCAUCCUGAACACCCCUUUCCUUCCUUGGGCGGUAGCCUAACAGCGUCACAGCACCUCCAAGGCGUGGCCUGAACACCUCUCCAUCCCUGCGGUCCCCGACUUCCCAAGCACAGCUCACCUUCCUUCUGGCUCCUCCCACUUCACUCAUUACAACCAAGGUUGUGUUCGGAAACACAAAUCUUAAAAAUUAAACAACCCUUAAAAAGCC